UAUAAUGAUGAAACAAAGAAGCAAGAUAGUUUCCCUGUUGCUGUGUAUGUGAACUUAGAUACAGGAGAUGACAUGAAAGUUUUUAACACAAAGCUUCAAACGGUAGUGAGAGAACAACUGACUGCGGAAGGACAUCCAUUACCUUCAGAAGUUACCAUAGCAUAUAAUUUUGAAACAAACUCAAUAGAUUUUAAAGUCGUCUCUGCAAAGAAGUCAGGAUUUACAUUUAAUGAAGCAGAUGUAUAUUCGAAUGAAAACUUCAAAGCUAUUGCAUGGUUAGAUAAUGACGAUUGCUUUAAGAAAAUAUUUAAAUACAGUGACUCAAAGAUGUCAAUAGAUGACCUUCGUGGAAUGUUGCCAUCGACGUUUACAGUAGAAGGUUCAGCAGGAUUGCUUACAAGAUUGUCAAUUGGUGGUAUUUGGUCUCGUGAGAACAUUGUUAUAAAAUCCAGUAUAAGUGAAUUUGCUGAAGAAUCUAUAUUAUGUCUUUCAAACUAUAUGUAUUCGCCGCCGAAGCAUUAUAGUAUAACAAACUUUGUCAGUAAGUUUAACAUAAGACUUGUCGAACCUUCUUCAAUGAAAGAUGUUGUGCUACCCAAAGACGGAAAGGAUGGACUCAUUAUUGAGAUGAUUUUAAUAGCAUAUUAA